UGUCUACUUCACAAAUAUAUAAAAAUAUUAUUGAAUCUCGACGAUUUUUAAGGAGGUUUUUAGAAAAUUCUGCAGCUCUCUAAGACACGAGACACGCUAGUUUUAGAGGUUUCGACGCUCCCCAAAAUUAAAGAAACCAAGAAUAAAAAGAUCCCUUCCCCUCAUCCGAAGAGGUAAGCAGUUCUCCUUCGAAUAAAACAACCCCGGGUCCUGUAUCUUGAAGUAUAGUGAAAAAAGAAUUUACGCAGGCAGAGGGCCCAUUUUGGGCCUUGGUCUCUAGAAAACUCCUGAACGCUGAGUUCUUGCGGCGAAAAAAACAUUUCACAACUUUAUUUUGAUGUACCCAACAUUGGUGGAAAAUUGCGUGGCAAUCCCAUGCACUGUAUCAAAAAUCGAUUUUGGAGGGGGAGGCGGCCUUAAGCACACUUUUCGUCACAAAAUGAAACAAUCGCGAGCUCUGCAUAUCCUUCUGCUGAAAAGAUAUAAAAACAAGAAAAGAGCGAAAAGCAGUGUUGGAAUCACAUUUUCUGCAGAGUUAUACAUGCAAUGGUCGAUAACAGAUUCGAAAUCAGCUGGAAAAACUGUAUCAACUAGAUAGACAACAAUGGAUUACCGUCCUUAGGACGACUUAAUUAUUUUUGAAUUUGAAUUAUUUCGAAUUUUCUCCUGCUAAAAAUGCACACUGUGCCGUUCUCUACCGUUGUUCUGCAGCAAAUUUUAAGUAGCUUCCACUUUGUAUUACUUUAAAGGCGUUGAAUAUUUAAUUGUUGUUAAAACGGGCGAUUGUGAUGGCGCCGGUACAAAGAGCAAUGUCUCACUCAAGAUGUUUGGUACAGAAGAAAAAGAAACGAAUGAUAUACAAUUAAUAGAACUCGAUUCUGUAAACGAAAAACCAUUUCAGACAGGAUGUACAAAUAGAUUUAAAAUUAGUGCACCUAAUAUUGGAAAGCCACAAAAAAUAAUAAUAAAACACGAUGGAAAAGAUACGACAGGCUGGUUUAUUGAUUAUGUUGAAAUCUCAAGGAAUGAUUUCUUAUGCCGCUUUUUGGCUAAUAGAUGGCUCACCGUUAUGUACAACAUUGAAUUAGAAACGGAUGUUGCUCAAGAAGAGUCGCUUGAUUCGCCUUGUUAUAUUCAAAUACAUGGUACACAAACAUCAACACCUAAACUAUUUCUUACACCAGAUGAUAAAACAACAUUUUCGAAAGGUUCAAUUGACAAAUUUAGUGUAACAAGUAACAAUGUUGGAGAGGUACAAUUUCAUGUCAAUAAAUGUUUAGGUCCUAUAAAAGGUGGUAAAAGCUUAUUUGUUGAACUUGUCCCAGAAACUCAACCGUCCUCAGCCGAUCAAUACAAAAUUAUUGUGAAAACAGCUAAUGUUAAACGUGCUGGGACAGAUGCUGAUAUUGAAUUAAUUGUGCGUGGGACUACACAAAUUGAAAAGUUUUCAUUGAAAUCAUCAACCAAGGAUAAGAAUGUAAAACAAAACAAUUUAUUUCAACAAGGAAAUGCAGAUGAAUUUAUUAGUGGACACACAGAUAUGGGUCAGGUAUGA